AUGUCUCGUUUCUUCCGCGCCAGUUCCGACACGGAAUCCUCCUCUGACGAGUCCGAGGUCGAUAUCUCCACCUCUGAGUCUGGAUCUUCCGAAGCGUCUGGAUCGGAAUCAGAAUCUGACUCCGAAGAGUCCUCUGAUGACAGCGACAAUGAUUCCUCGGAUGAUGAUUCGAGCAGUGAUGAGGACGGUCCGUCGCGCGGCGCGAACCGUUUCUUGAAGGGUGGUGAUUCAGAUGAUAGUGAUGAGGAGGAGGAGACGAAGCGUGUUGUUAAGAGUGCGAAGGAUAAGCGAUAUGAUGAGAUUGUCAGCAGUGUGAGCGUGAUUGCCAAUGCUACUAAGAUCAAUGACUGGGUCACUAUCUCUACUGAAUUCGACAAACUUAAUAAGCUUACCCAGAAGACCAAGCAACUCGACGGUCGUAUCCCAAGAGUCUACAUCAAGGCUAUCGGCAAGCUCGAGGAUGCCCUUAACGAGUCCGUCAAGAACGAGAAGCAGUCUAAGAAGAAGAUGAACGCCUCCAACGCUCGUGCUCUCAACUCCCUCAAGCAGCGCAUUCGCAAGAACAACCGCGACUUCGAGUCCGAGAUCGCCCAGUGGCGCGCCAACCCCGAGUCGUUCGAGAACGAAGAUGAGCCUGAGCCGGCGGCUGCUCCUGCUGCUAAGGCACAGCGUAAGGUCGAGGAGGAUGUCGAAGUGGAUGGCAAGGCUGAUGGUGAUGAUGGUUUCUCUACUGUUGGAAAGAAGGGACGGACGGAGAAGGUCACUGCGGAGGAUAUCUUCAAGCAGCUCCGUGCUGUUGUCGAGGCACGAGGAAAGAAGAACACCGACCGUAACGAGCAGAUCUCUAUCCUCGAGAAGCUCGUCGACGUCGCUAUCACUCCUUACCAGAAGCUCCGCAUUUUCCUUGCUUUGAUUUCGGCUCGUUUCGACGCUACCCCGUCAACCGCAUUAUACAUGGCUUCUGAGCAGUGGGAGGCGGCGAGCAAGGACUUGAGCAAGUUGUUUGAGCUUCUUGAGGAGCAGCCUAAGUUCAUGGUUGCUGAGGAUGCUGAUGAUUUGGAGGAUGAGGAUGUUCAGGUUCCUGAGGGUGACGAGGUUGUCCGUGUUCGUGGAAGUGUCAUCGCGUACGUCGACCGUCUCGAUGAUGAGCUCACUAAGGCUCUUCAGCACAUCGACCCUCAUACCUCUGACUACGUUGAGCGCAUGAAGCACGAGGCUGGUCUUUACUACAUCAUUGUCCGCUCUCACUGCUACUUUGAGCGUGUCAAGCUCGCUGACUCCAUCGCUGCCGCUGUUGCACGUCGUUUGGAGCACGUUUACUUCAAGCCUGAGCAGGUUGUUGCCAUCCUCGAGGAGAACACUUGGAAGAACUUGCCCCAGGGCAUCAACUCCUCCGUCACUCCCCGUGAGGCUGCCGUCAACGUCACCGACCUCGUGCAGACUUUGUGUGUCUACCUCUACAAGAACGGUCAAUCUUUGCACCGUACUCGCGCCAUGUUGUGCCACAUCUACCACCACGCCCUCCACAACCGAUACCACCAGGCUCGUGACUUGCUCUUGAUGUCUCACUUGCAGGAGUCGAUCCACCAGGCCGACAUUGCCACUCAAAUCCUUCACAACAGAACAAUGGUUCAGCUCGGUCUCUGUGCGUUCCGUGCGGGCAUGGUCAACGAGGCGCAGCAAUGUUUGCAGGAGAUUUGCAGCACUGGUCGUAUUAAGGAGUUGCUGGCGCAGGGUGUUCAGCGAUACAACCAGGUUUCGCCUGAGCAGGAGAGGAUGGACCGUCAGCGUCAGCUUCCGUUCCACAUGCACAUCAACCUCGAGCUUUUGGAAUGUGUUUACUUGACUUGCUCUAUGCUUUUGGAAAUUCCUGCUAUGGCUGCUGCUGGCUCGAGUCCCGAUGCUAAGAAGCGGGUUAUUUCUAGGCCGUUCAGGCGUAUGCUUGACUUCAAUGAGCGUCAAGUGUUCGUCGGUCCCCCCGAGAACACCCGUGACCACAUCAUGCAGGCCGCCAAGGCUCUGGCUGCUGGUGAGUGGCAAAAGGCACGGGAGCUCAUCUCUGCUAUCAAGAUUUGGGACCUCAUGCCGAACACUGAGGAGAUCAAGACCAUGUUGGGUGAGAAGAUCCAGGAGGAGGGUCUGAGAACAUACCUCUUCACCUACGCAUCAUUCUACGAGACUAUGUCUAUCGCUUCUUUGUCUGAAAUGUUUGACUUGAGCGAGCGUUCCGUAACUGCUCUUGUCAGCAGGAUGAUCUCUCACGAGGAGAUCCCUGCUGCUUUCGACCAGGUUUCUUCCGCGAUUAUCUUCCAGCGUGUCGAGCCUUCGAGACUCCAGGCUUUGGCUAUCGGAUUCGCUGACAAGGCUAACCACUUUGUCGAGGCUAACGAGAGGCUGUUGGAGAGCAAGACUCAGACUGAGGGCGAGAGGAGACAAGGACAGGAUGGCCGGGAUAGGAGACAGCGUGAUGGACCGAGGAACAACCAGACGGGUGGACGUGUUGGUGGUGGUAACCGGGGACGUGGCAGAAAUAACUUCAACAGCGCCAUCGGGCGAUCUGUUAGGGCUUAA